UCCUUCUCGGGCGCCCGCGCGCGCGGCCGGCGGGAAGGUUCCCAUCGGCCUCCUCCUCCUCCCCCGUCUCGGUCGGUGGCGGGCGGGGCGAUGGAUAAGCUGGUGCUGUUCGCGAGGAAGGCGUGGUUCGUGGUGCGGGUGAUGUCCGGGUACGAGGAGAGGAGGAUCCGGGCUUACAGGCUGCAGAUGCAGCAGCGGAUCGAGAGGGUUAAAGGUAAGAAGGAAAAGCUUCAGAAGCAGCCAGAACAAAUCAUUCUAUCAGAGGUUCGUCAAAUGGUUCAGCAGAUGGAAGCCCUCAAUCAGCAGCUUGAAGAAACUGAAACUGCCAUAGAUGAAUAUUUCAAACCAAUUGAUAAGAGCGCUCAGAUUAUAAUGGACAUGCAACUGGAGAAAGAAGAGACACAAGCGAAGGAGAUGGCAAAAAUAAUGAAAGAGCAAAUAGCAAUGCAAAGAGAAAUUGCAAGCAAGAGAGCUCAAGCCACUUUCAUAAGGUCUAAAGAUGCCCAACAGAGUGAAAAGGUGGCUGAAUGUUCUCCGAAGGAAGAUGCCAUAAAAUAAUCACCGGUCAUUUUUCCCUUGUCUUUUCUGUAAACAAGUAUUGCAAGUGGAUUUUUUACAAAGACUUGCUGGGCUAGGCAAUAAGUAUGGACCCCAUGGUAGUACAGUUUCCAUAUUUUGUCACUAACAAGAGGCUAUCCUUUUCCCGGGCAGAGCUCGGAAUAGUGCGCUUUAUUAACCAAGACUGAAAUCAUGGAAAAAUUGCCCAAUGUGAUUUUUGCCUAUGAAA